GAAGCCGAGGGUUACGGCACGCGCUGCCACCGUUGUAGAAGUAGCGACGAGUAGAGGAGAAGGGCGCGCGAGACCGUGCUGAGUUCCGCCUCCGGAGUCGCGCGAGCCUGUUGCAUUACGCUGGAAACCUAACACGCGCACAAACACACACACACACGCGCGCGCGUGCGGGCACACACUGAACUGACAGCAACUUUGUGUGAGCUGCAGGAGGAAUCAGACUCUUUCCACUUUGUUGAGUUGUUGCCCUGUGCCAUGGCUGAUGUCAGCGACUCGUCCUCCACCUCGGACGUGGCGAACCGGUUCGCCCGAAAAGGCGCGCUCAGGCAGAAGAACGUCCACGAAGUGAAGAACCACAAAUUCACCGCGAGGUUCUUCAAGCAGCCGACUUUCUGCAGCCACUGCACCGACUUUAUCUGGGGCUUCGGGAAACAGGGAUUCCAAUGCCAAGUCUGCUGCUUCGUGGUUCAUAAGCGUUGCCAUGAGUUUGUCACAUUCUCCUGCCCUGGAGCGGAUAAAGGACCCGACACAGAUGAUCCCAGAAGCAAGCACAAAUUUAAGAUCCACACGUACGGCAGCCCGACGUUUUGCGAUCACUGCGGCUCGCUGCUGUACGGCAUGAUCCACCAGGGCAUGAAAUGUGAUACAUGCGACAUGAACGUGCAUAAGCAAUGUGUGCUCAACGUGCCGAGCCUUUGUGGGACGGACCACACGGAGCGGCGGGGCCGAAUCUUCCUGAAGAUCGAUGUGAAGGGAGAAGAGCUGCAUGUUACCGUGGGCGAGGCUAGGAACCUGAUCCCGAUGGACCCCAACGGCUUGUCCGACCCGUACGUGAAGCUCAAGCUCAUCCCCGACCCUAAGCACGAGACCAAGCAGAAGACCAGGACUAUCCGCUCCUCGCUAAACCCUACCUGGAACGAGUCCUUCACGUUUAAGCUGAAACCCACAGAUAAGGACCGCAGGCUUUCUAUUGAGGUUUGGGAUUGGGACAGGACUACCAGGAAUGACUUCAUGGGUUCUAUGUCGUUCGGAGUAUCCGAGCUAAUAAAGUGCUCAGCGUGCGGAUGGUAUAAAAUGCUAAACCAGGAAGAGGGCGAGUAUUACAACGUGCCCAUCUCGGAGGAGGAUGACGGGAACGUGGAGCUCAGGCAGAAGUUUGAGAAAGCUAAGCUUGGCCCUGGCAAAAAGGUGGUCACCCCUAUGGAUGACAACAGGACCAGUUUGCCCUCCACUAAUCUGGACCAGGUCAAACUGACCGACUUUAACUUUCUGGCCGUGUUGGGGAAGGGCAGCUUCGGGAAGGUCAUGCUAGCAGAGAUUAAGGCCACAGAAGAGCUGUAUGCUAUAAAGAUCCUAAAGAAAGAUGUCGUGAUCCAGGAUGAUGAUGUAGAGUGCACCAUGGUGGAGAAGAGGGUGCUGGCGCAGCAGGACAAACCCCCGUUUCUCACCCAGCUCCACUCCUGCUUCCAGACUGUGGACCGUCUGUAUUUUGUGAUGGAGUACGUUAAUGGUGGUGACCUCAUGUAUCACAUUCAGCAAGUGGGCAAGUUUAAGGAACCUCAAGCAGUGUUUUACGCAGCAGAGAUCGCUGUCGGGCUGUUGUUCUUGCACAAGAAGGGAGUAAUAUACAGAGAUCUGAAGCUAGACAACGUGAUGUUGGAUGCUGAAGGACACAUCAAGAUUGCAGACUUCGGCAUGUGUAAGGAGAGCAUGUUUGAUGGGGUAAUGACGCGCACGUUCUGUGGAACACCAGACUACAUCGCCCCAGAGAUCAUUGCGUACCAGCCGUAUGGGCGCUCUGUGGAUUGGUGGGCGUACGGCGUGCUGCUCUAUGAGAUGCUGGCUGGACAGCCACCAUUUGAUGGUGAAGACGAGGAUGAGCUCUUUCAGUCCAUCAUGGAGCACACCGUGUCCUACCCUAAAUCCUUGUCUAAAGAGGCAGUUUCCAUCUGCAAAGGGUUGAUGACGAAGCACCCUUCCAAGCGUCUUGGCUGUGGCCCAGAAGGCGAGCGAGACGUACGUGAGCACGCGUUCUUCCGCCGCAUCGACUGGGAACGACUGGAGAACAGAGAGAUUCAGCCUCCGUUCAAGCCGAAAGUGUGUGGGAAAGGCGCAGAGAACUUCGACAAGUUCUUCACUCGCACGCAGCCGCAGCUCACUCCUCCAGACGAGCUCGUCAUUGCCAACAUUGACCAGUCCGAGUUCGCCGGCUUCACUUUUGUCAACCCGCAGUUCGUCCACCCGUCCCUCAACAGCUCAACCUUAUGAACGAGGAACGAGCCAGGCUCUACGAGUAACUCUACCUACACAAUCCCCAGAAUGCCUCAUGCUUAGCCUUAUUGCCAUCAUCGUUAAUUAUACAAUUUCAAUCUUAAUGCCAACUAUUUUCUAUUGCUUUGUCUUAGAUAGGAUUUUAUUCUUUUUUUUUUAUUAUUCAGUCCAUCAUUUUAGUUUUAGGCCAAUCAAAGAAUUAACAGCGUUCGGUUUAUGUCGUCUGUUGUGGGUGUUUUUAUGGUAGAUCACUUAACGUCAUGAAGGCAUGGGAUAUGAGGCCAUGUUGAUUCACACUUGAUAUAAAACCCCAUAAGAGAUGCAAAAACCUGUGCUUCCUGGUGUCUAUAGUGUAAUCCUUGCCAGUCUUCCCAACCAGGAAGCGUAAAGUGGGGUUCUAUCAGACCUGUGUGUUGAUUAUUUUCACCUCUGACUUGUCAGAUGCCUUUGCUCUUGGUUCCUGUUGACAAGCAGAUGCUCUGAAGUGUUAGACGUUUUAAGGAGCUCGGAUCGAGCGAUAAAUAUUUAAUAAAGGAAGAUUUUUUAACAAUAAAGCUGAAUCGGUUACUAACGCAUCAGGAUGGUAACGAACCCUCAUAGACAAGAUGUUUAAUUAGCUUAAUGACGAACUUACAGGAAAAUUAGCUGAACGGCACUGUAGGAUUAAUAUUAACGAUUUUAAUAGAUACAUCUAGUUUGCUCAGCCACUUCAUCAUAUCUAUCAGAUAGAAUGUCAGUCCUCGAAUCUCAACGUUAAAUGUGAUUUUAAAAAAUGAUUGCGGUAAAAUGACGCUGCUUAAUGAAAAUCUUAAAAACAAAUCAAGAUCAGAGAAUAUUACAUUUCUCUUCUAGCUGUUAAAGUUUUCCCGAUUUUUUAAAGAAAACAUUUUUAAUAUUUGACCAAUUAAUUUUUUUUAAACUACUAAGUCUUACAAGUCUCCCUUUUAUGUAACACAAUUUGCAAAAUUCUUUAUCAUUUGGUUAUUGGGAUUUGUGGAACAUACCAUGCAACUGAUUUAUUUCUUUUUUUUAAUACAUACAGAUUUAAUUCCUGAUGACUUAAGACGGAAUGAAGUGUUGGCUUUUCUGCUAUACACACACACACACACAAUGUGUUGCAUGCUCUUAAAUUGGAAUAACUCCAGAGUAUUAUGUUCGUGUGAUUACAGUUAUACAUACACACAGCGUACUGGCUGAAAUCAUCUUUCUACUCUUUCUCUUUUGGAUUUCUUUCAAAUAUUUUUCUUCCUAGUCUACUAGUGAUCCUUCGAUAUAAUCUUGCAGCAGUAUAAUAAUGAUUUUGUAAAUACUUCUAGGUUAUAAAAAAAAAUGAAAUAAAAAAUGAAAAAAAUCAGAGCGAGAGAGAGGGAGCGACAAGAGAGAGAGAGAGAAUGGGUAGCAUGUUAAAAAGAUUUUAUACCAACAACCGAAUGUGUUUUUAUGACAUUUAGCUGAUGAGGAGUUCCCCAGAAUAACUGAUUUAGUCAGGUUACUGUCCCUGCAGUUCUUGAGUUUUAAUCAGCUGAUGUUAACUUUAGGAAAAAUGCUUAACGCAACAAUUUCAUAACCUUUUUAGCCCUGUUGUACCUGUCCCUUGCUUGCUAAGUAAACGUUUCUGUACUUGUAUAUACACUGUGUACUACACUACUGUUCAAAGGGUCGGAAUCACAUGAUGUGACGUUACAAAAUCACGUUUAAUAUAGACACUAAUUACAGGUUGUCGUAAUGGUCUAAUUACUGUAUCUACCCUGUAGCUUGUAAAUAAUCAGCACUAAAUACAAAAGACGUAGGUUUGCUAAAUCACUACAGUGACACGGGAAAAACUCAGUUUAUUUGUUGUGCGUUAUGAAUAUUUUACACACUAAAUUCUAUUAAUGAUAAUUUUUUUUCCAGACACCAAAAUGUAUUUUAUGGGCUUUUUUAAUUAGUUAAUUGCUAAAAUAGUUUUUACUGAACAAAAUUAAAUAAAGUAAAUAUAUACUGGAACUGUCAGUGUAAAGUAAACUAUAGCAAAAUUAUAGUAAAAGCGUUUCCACAUAACGGUUUUAACUCCACUUUCCUUAUUAAAAAACAAAAAUACCAAAAAAAAAAUCCUGAGAUUGCGUGUUCGAAUCCCGCUACAGCCGACUUUAGCCCGCAGCGCUCAAACAUUUUGGGGUAUAAUAAUGAUGAUCCCUCCUGUGUGCAUGCUGUGUAUACGAUGUUGGUGUCCAACGUCACCACCGAAACAGUUCUGUAAAAUUUGAUCUAGUAAAAAUGUUGUGGACUUGUGUGCUAAGUGAGUAAAGCAUUUGCGCUAACGCUAGUAAAAAAAACAGCACGCAACUCUACUGAAUCUGUGUUUAAACAGCCGCUCUUCUUGGUACAUAUGAAACACGCAAGUAGCUCGUGUCUUAGAGCAAGCAUGUGAUCACAUCAAACUCGCUGUCGAAUUGUCAUUUUCAGUUGUAGGAAUUUUUAGCAUUUUAUUUCUUUAAUAUGCUAUGUUUACUAUAUACAUAUAAUUCAAUUUCUCAUUGCAUUCACAAAAUUUUUUUUUUGUAUGCUGUCAAUUUUAGGGGGGAAAACACAUCGGUAUCAGCUAAUAAAAUUGCAAUCGGUGCAUAUGUAGUAAUUUUAUAAUAAACUUUUAAGCUAACUUCUAAAAAAAAAUUUAAAACUUUUAUUCUGAAGUUAUGGAAAUAAUUAUUUGUUAUUCCAGACGCAACAGUUUACAGAUUUCUACAAAAGUCUUAAGUAAGUAUAGCAGUACUGUCGUAUUAAAAUCAUUUUAUAGAUCUGAAAUAAAUUAGAAUUUGUUUGUAUUACUAAUAAAUUUCAUUUCGAAUUUUCUGACUGAUGAUUUCAGACUUUUGAACAAUAGUGUAUACUGUAUAUGUGUGAGAAAAAAAACACAGAUACAUGUUUGUGUAUUGAAGUUUUUAUGUACUAAGGUUUACAUCAAAGCUUUACCUACUUAAAAAAAAAAAGGUAGUGCGCUAGACGUCAGCACAGACACUUGAUGAAAGAUCUCCGUGUAUGUUUUCGAACAUGUCUGAAACAGGCUAUGUUGUUUGUGCAAUUGUUGUUCGGUUGUAAAGAUUUGAGCUGAUUGGCUGCCUUGGCUUUUCCAGCCUGCAUGUUGGUUAAGAAAACCAGGCACACAUACAGUAUGCAGUAGAUACUGUAUAUGUACUUCUGUACUUAAAUAUAUAUAUAUACUUACAGUUUUGAAGCAUUCCAGAUAACACAGCAUGGACUUAAUCAAUGUGCCAAACAAGAUAUCUUAAAUAAUGGGAUGUUCUUUGUCUUAAAAGUAAUGAAAUUAUCAAAUUUCUUUUGGACUUUUAAUUUGUAUUGUGCGGAUUCUCCAAACUGCCAGGCUGUAGGGAAUUCAUGGCGCUUCUAACAUUUGACCCAUUUCUGACAUUUUUGCGUUAAGCCGAGCCUAAAAGGAAGGUCUCAUGCACAGUUUGGUCGUGCGAUCCCAUUUUGGGAUCUGCUUCAUAUUGUAUAUUAAUAAAUAUUGUUUUACGCUAAUCAGCUGUUGGGUCAUCACCACUACCGCCAAUGAACUGAUCAACAUUAAUCACCAAGUAUAAUAGGAAAAAGGGCACUAAAGGUUAACCCAUACCCACAGGCACCAAAGGUCCAAUCCCACAAAAAAGCCAGUGCCGCACAAAUUGCCAAUUACGUCAAUGCUGGCCAACGAUAGAGAGGCACCAGAACACCCGGCGCAUAGGAGCACAAGACCCGCCGUCCAAACUCUAGAUCCCAAUCCAAUUGAGUACUUAUGGACAACAAGCAAGAACCAGCUAUAGUGUAGGAAUUAUUGAAUUACCCAGAUUUAAAAUAUGUACAUCAGACCUUACUUAUCCUAUAAGUUGCAACCCAGUUCAAUUAUCACGAAACAACUUUACAAUAUUAGGCAUCAUGGUUAAAAUAUUGACACAUCGCAGUUUAUGCCUCCAUUGAUGUUUAUUAAGUUGUCGUCACACUACCGUUCACAGCUAUUCCAUAUGCUUUUGGUUUUCAUAGGCGUUUGUUUUUUCCAUCAUCAUCCCUCAGCAGUGCCAAGCCGAUAACUGAGCCCGACGAUAGCAGUGUUGCACUAACUGUGUAGUCUCCACCAACACACUUGUAAGUGUUUAUUUAAAAACCUGUGUGUGGUAGACACAUGUAGCCAUAUUCCUCUGUGUGUACGAGCCUCUGGAUUCAGAGGAGAUAAUUAUUCCACCACAGUGCUAUUAACGCGCGGGUGUGUCCAGUUCCCCAGCCGUGUAGGCAGCCACUGCUUACUGAUUUCUUCAGCGUUGCUUGCUUUGCUUGUUCUGUCUGUUUUUAAGUGAUGGAAUAUUCUGUCUUGCCUUACCUAGCAAUCAAACCAUCCCUGUGCCUCUGACUGUGUGCGUAUGUGUGUGUAUGUGUGUGUAUGCAAGCAUGCAGUGUGUGUGAUGAAAAUUCUUGUCUUUUUGUCUCUUUCUACUGAAUACAAAUUCGUCUCCCUCCCGCAUGUUGUGUACUUUUCAUACUUGGCUCUGCCAAACACACACACACACACAAAAAACUGAUUAUUAAAGCAGAUUCAGUUUCUAUUCUAAAGCAGACACUCCUUACUUAAAUCCAUUUCAGCCAACAGAAUCAAGUGCACUUCACGAUGAAUCAGACAACCUGCUGUUCAAUUAUUUCAUUUUUUCCGUCUUUAUAUUUUGUGAUUAUGUGAAAAAAGUAAAAGAAAAUAAGGUAAAACUGAUUUUUUAAUAAUUGAACUAAAACAUUUAAUUAAUCUUAGUUUAAAUAAUGUUUUUUUUAUCUCACACACACAUAAAAAAAUACUUAAUAUUUAAAAUAACAGGUGGUAAAUGUGGUGUUUUAAUUUGUACUAUUCAAAAGGGUAAAUGUUUAAACUUAUUUUGCAAAAAAAAAAAAAGCUUUAAAGUGAAAAUAGAAAAAAGACAAAUUUAAAACCGUAAUUCAGCAUAAUAGCAGAUUUUCCGGACUGAUUUAAAACGGAUUCUGCCCUAAAAGACAAGAUUAUAAAAUGAAGUUAAAAUACAAAACGGAAAUAAAAAUUAUCUUGUUUGGAAAUAGUUGAUUUUGAAGCAAGGUUUUUGAUUUCUUGUAUUCUAUUUUAACUAAAGAUCAUAUUUUAAAACUACUAUCCCAAAACUGCUUAACAGAAAAACUAAUUAAAAUGAAUUUUUCACUUUUUUUUUUUUGCCAAAAAAAAAGAUUUUAGCAUGUAAGCUACUCAAAGUUUUAAUGUACGAGGGGUGUUUAAGUCGAACCCGGAUUUAUCUUCUCAUGAGCAGGAGAAUGAAGGCUCUUGAGAUGUUUACAGAUUGUUAUUUACAGAAGAUUUCACAGUACAGUGAUGAGACUCUUACAUGCCGGAAAAUAUAUUUGAAUGGUGCAAACAUUUUAAAGAAGGCUGUACUGUCCGCUAAUCCGGCCCGAGGUGAGUUGGACAGCAACUGCAGUUGUUUCCGUUAACAUUUGAUUUUAAUGCCUGAUCUUGAAAAUUGACGUCCCCGGUACUGUCCUGACUUCAAUUGAUUUCCACAUGUUCACAGUUUCCACCUUGAUGGUAUCCAAGCACUAGUGAAACGCUGGAAUACGUGCACAUUAGUGUAGCAGGGGAUUAUAUAGGAAAAUCAAGGUAGUUUUUAAUCUAAUGUUCCUGUUAUUCUGCACAAUCAAAAGUCCUGGUUUGAUUUAAACACCCCUCAUAUUUUUGGCCAAAAUAACCAAUGUUUGAACUUGUAUCUGAUUGAAAUUUCUUUCACUGGGUCUCCUGGUUCUCCUCUUUUGUUUCACUUGUUAUAUGUUGUUUAGAAAACAGGAUGGUCCCUUUCAUUAUCAGGAUGAAUAUAAGACCUAAAGUUUACUCUCUGAUGAAGGCGUGUUCAAGCGCCAUGUAACACUCUCGCUCUCUGUGCUUGUACAUAUUGAUCCAUGAUUUACUUUGUUGAAAAUUUUAAUGGUGUCUGUUGGUUUGCCCCCUUCUUUCAUCAGUCCACACCUUCAGAUAUAACCAUUGUUAUUUGUACCUACUGUAUGAUACUGCAAAUAAAGUAUAAGAAAUCAUACACCA